UCCCAUCCCUUCUCCCGGAAUUACACCAGUGUUUGCACGCUUCUGCACCGGCACCGAACUGAUUUGCGGGGUUCGGGUCGUCACCACGAUGCUGUCGGGCCCUGGAAGGAGCCGGUGGCGUCCGGGCGGGGUGGUCCGGUACCUGGUGCUGUCCGUGCUGCUGUACCUUCCGGAGGCGCGGGCGUCCUACUACCCCCAGAGCGGAGAGUGCAAAGGCAAAGGGAAGGAGUGCGCAGACCUGUCGGAGAAGAAGAGCGACCUGAGGGUCUGUGAUGACUCCACCUGCAGAUACGGCGGCGUCUGCAGAGACGACGGAGCUCAGCUUAAAUGUGUUUGCCAGUUCCAGUGCAGCAAAAAUUACAACCCAGUGUGCGGUUCCAACGGAGACACCUACCAGAACGAGUGCUACAGACGGCAGGCAUCCUGCAAACAGCAGAGGCUGAUCUCCAGAGUCCACGACGGGCCCUGCUCCACCGAUCCUGGUUCUGGUUCGGGAGACGGAGAGGACGAUGAAGGUUCAGGCUCCGACGUUGGGAAGAAGUUCACCAAGUGCAGCACGUGUAAAUAUGGAGCUGAGUGUGAUGAGGACUCCGAGGACGUCUGGUGCAUCUGUAACAUCGACUGCAGCGGUCACAACGAGAACCCGGUGUGUGCGACUGACGGGACUGCCUACAACAACCCCUGUCUGGUCCGAGAAGCUUCGUGCAUGAAGCAGGAGCAGAUCGACGUCAAACACCUGGGCAGGUGUCUGGCUGAUAAAGAAAAACUGGGCAAGAAAGACGACAGCAUCCCGUUCAAAGUGAACACCUUAGAAACCACAGGUCUAGAACACGGAGAAGGAUUCUACGCCGGAAUGCCGUGUGCAGAGAGCUACGCCGGCUUCUGCGUUCACGGGAAAUGUGAGAUCAAGUUCAACACGGCCAUCUGCAGGUGUGAGACGGGAUAUAAAGGCCCUCAGUGUGACGAACCUCAGGACUUCAACAUCCUCUACGUGGUCCCCAGUGGACAGAAGCUGCACUACGUCCUCAUAGCCGCCAUCAUCGGCGCCGUGCAGAUCGCCAUCAUCGUUGCCGUGGUGAUGUGCAUCACAAGGAAAUGUCCGAAGAACAACCGGGGCCGACGGCAGAAACAGAACCUCGGCCACUUUUCCUCGGACACAAACUCCAGGAUGGUAUAGCCUCGCGUUCGUGGACGAUAGGUUUUUAUAAGUUGGUUUUUUAGAAGGCCAUUUUUAACUGUAGCUGUGCUCAUGUUGGUUUAUUUUAUGUUUCCUGACAAACCAUCAAAAGAAGAAUGAGAGUAUUUAUUUAAGGGGCCUUAUUUUUCCUCGUCUCUUUCUCUGAUUUAAACUUUUGCACAAUUAUUUUGUGCAUUUGCAAUUUUAUUUGGGGUAUUUCACCCUAAAGGAGGAGGAUCUGAAUGAACUCCAGCUGGUUGCUGGUUUAGCAUAUUUUUACCGUACCCAGCUUUACGGUAGUUAAACUGGAAUGUGAUCUUUUCAUUUAACCUUUGACCCCGCCUGUUUUGCUCUUUAGUAAAUACGUUGCAGCUGAUCACCAAAUGCAGUUUGUUUGUUGUUUUCUGUGUUGGAGCCGCUGGGAUAGUUUACACUUGGAUUGUUUGUAAAGCUAAUAAUAAUUUAUAACUACGGUAGUUUUUACGGAAGGUUUUUACUUUAAUCUGACAUUCUAGUUCGUGUAUCUUAGCAUGACUUGUGAAACAUGUUCUGUGGUGUAGUUUCAACUUUUUAAAAGCAAUUUGGCCUCAUCGCCUCGACCACCAUCAUCUUGUUUUGGAGACAAUCCGAAACGCACGAGUUACGGGAGAACCCUGGGGGGACUUUUAAACAUCCAGCAACCGAUUCAGUCACAAGGAACUCCAGAGAACAUUUGAUCAAAGGCUUGGCUGGAAUGUUUCAAUCAGAAGAUUGUAGAUGAAGGACUUUGUUAGCCGAGGACACCUCCGGCGCCGUUACAGCAUUUCCCUUCAAUUAUUUAAAAUAAAUUUUUAUUUGCAUUUAUUUUUUCCUCUGGGAAACAUUCCGAGAAUUUUGGCUGAAGAAUUCAUUCCAGCAGGAACACGUGAAACAUUUUUCCAUAGUUUAAGGUGUUUUCGUGGUUCCUGGUGUGUUAAAGUCUUACGGUCCGGUCCUGGUUCGUGUCAGUUUGUCUAUAAAGGUUCAAAAAAGGGUCCAAACCAUGUAAAUGUCACCGUCUUCUCCGGGAAUCCCGGAUGUCUCUGCCCAAACCUCGUCUCUUUCCAAGACUCUAUCACUCUCUGGGCGCAGCUAACGGGAGAAUUGUGCACGUGAGUGGGGAAUGAGAGGAGAACCGUGCACGUGAGAGGAAAAUAAGAGGAGAUCUGUGCACGUGAGAGGAGAAUAAGAAAGAUCUGUGCAUGUGAGAGGAGAAUAAGAGGAGGUCCGUGCACGUGAGAGAAUGAGGAAAACUGUGCAUGUGAGAGGAGAAUAAGAGGAGAUCCGUGCACGUGAGAGGAGAAUAAGAUAACCGUGCACGUGAGAGGAGAAUAACAGGAGAACCGUGCACGUUUGUAUUGUUCUGAUGUAUUUUCAUGUUCAGACACAGUAAAAUAAAACAUUUUCUACUGAAUGAAACUUUGCUGAGUUUUAGCUACAGAAGAACGUUUUCUCAACAAUGCGCCGAUUUGAAAGAUAAUCUCACAAGAAAAUAAAUACAUAAAAGACGUCCUAAGUUUUAAACCAGUAAUAAAGGUUUGUUCCACAGCAGAGUAUCUGAAACAACUAGAACACGCUGAGGAACCAGGGCUGCAUUCCAUUCCUGCUGCUGCUGAUUGUUCUGUAAACAAGCAGAACUUCCUCUAAAUGGAAUGCAGCCCUGUUAACACACCUGUGCUUGUCCUCACCCAUAAGGUCAAAAUAUCUGAUGAAACAGUAAAAUGAUGAAUGUGAUAAUAGUGCAAAAGAACUGUAGAAGAGCAGGAAAAUACAUUCAUGAGUUUUCCACUCAGUUUUCCUGUAAAGCCCUUCAAGGUGUAUUAUUAUUAUUAUUAUUAUUAUUAUUAUUAUUAUUAUUAUUAUGGUUUAUUAUUAUUAUUAUUAUUGUUAUUAUUAUUAUUAUUAUUAUGGUUUAUUAUUAUUAUUAUGGUUUAUUAUUAUUAUUAUGGUUUAUUAUUAUUAAGUUUUUUAUUUUUAUUAUAAUUAUUUAUUAUUAUUAUUAUGGGUUUUAUUUAUUAUUAUUAUUAUUAUUAUUAUUAUUAUUAUUAUUAUUAUUAUUAUUAUUAUUAUUAUUAUUAUUAUUAUUAUUAUUAUUAUUAUGCAACAUUUUCCAAACUCCCCCAGGAACAUUGUGUCCAGUAUUCCACCAGCUGCAGUCUGGUGGAAUACUGGAGUUGAAAAAGUAUUUAGGAUGAAGAAAAUCCCAUUUUAGCAGCAAACCAGUUUGUGUGAUUUUUACUUUUCACUGAUUAGAAGAACUGAUAUUUGGUUUGAUUGUAUUGUUAACCUAUGCAUCAGUCUUACUGCCAUGAAAUCUGCAGGUGAUGAGAAAUUCUCGUUCCACUGAAAUCUUUUGGACCAAUUAAAACUCUUGAGUUAACAACCGGGUCAGACGGGAGCUCAAAUAAAAUGUUUUUUAAUUGAAAAACAACUGAAACCAAACGUGUUUCUGAUUUUAACAACGAACCUUUUCCUGCCUCAUAAAUGUGAGUCGUCACUGACCCCAGAUCAGAUAGAGAUGUUUUUUUUUUGUUUUUUUCUGUCCUGUCUGGUGUGUACGUAGAGGUCAAAGGUCAGAAUGUAGUUUUUCCUGUUGCUAUCACAGACGUGACUCUUAAGUGUGACUAGAUCGUCUCUGACUAGUUAAUAUUCUGCAUGUAAACUCAUGAGAAGCUUUUUGGAUAAAAUAAAAUAGUUUUUAUCUACA